AUGUCGAGUCGUCGAGCAGGAGACGAUGGUUCGGGGCCAGAGGCGAAAAGAGCCAGGGGCGAAGGGGCAGGUCCUGCUGGUGGAGGGGCUCCCGCUCUGGACAUUGCGGCCAUUCGAGCUCAAAUAGCAGCUCGAAAAGCAGCCAUCACAGGAUCUGGACCUCUCCCUCCUGGUCCUCCGCCUCCUCGAUCUUCCAGUGCUUCCGCACCUACGCCAGCUCAAUCAUCGCAGCCUGUAGGGGUUGCUGCUCUGCCGCCUCAACCGAGGAUGGACGCGUCGGUCGCAGAGAGAUUAGCAGCUGCGAAAGCGAGGAUCGAAGCUAUGAAAGUGAGGAAUCAGAACCCUUACUUGUCCGGUAGUGCGCCUAGACCUGGGGCGAAUGCUUCGACAUCGACGACGACGACAACAACCUCGACGGCGACGACAAAAGCUGCACUUCCACCCAGUACCAACACCUCUAUCGCGCUUCACCCACUGUUGAUGCAGGAUAAACAAGCUCAACUCGAGCAGGAUAAGAAUGAAAAGAGGCGAGAAAGAGACAGGUACAAGACGAUGGCACCAAAGUUCUCGACUGUCAAGGCCAAUCAAGUGACUGCCCCGCCCUCGGGCAAAAAACUCUUGUCAUCUGCUCCGGCGCCUUCGCUGAACCCAUACGCUUCGAAACCUGCGCCCGCGGCUCCUACGGCUGAUGGCGAGGCCAGUUCAUCGAAUUCAAGACGUUCGAGGAAGAUGAAAUUGAGCCAGCCCGGCAAAUACGUCCAACAGGGAGAUGAAUUGAGGAAUGAGUUGAAGCUGGAGGCGUUGAAGCAGCGAAUCGCAGAGGCUUCAAGAAAGGCUGGAUUGGAUAGCGAGUUUGACACGUUGGAAAGGAGUCUCAAACGCCAAGCGCCCCCUGAACUCGAAUGGUGGGAUCAGGCGAUUCUUCCGCCUGGAAGUAGCUAUGCGGAAAUUGAGAAAGGCUUGGAAUGGAUCACUUCUUCCACCGACUCUCUCGUAACUCAUCUGAUACAACACCCCAUUCCCAUUGCGGCGCCUAGCGACAAGAAGCAACCGGAUAGAGGAUUGAUGCUUACGAAGAAGGAGCAGAAGAAGAUGCGAAGACAGAGACGUAAAGCCGAGUUGGAGGACAAACGGGACAGACAAAAGAUGGGUUUGAUACCUCCUGAUCCACCAAAAGUCCGCUUGGCGAACCUCAUGAAGGUCUUGACGUCGGAUGCGGUGGCUGAUCCGACCAAGAUGGAGGCGAAAGUGAGGCGAGAGGUCGAUAUGAGGAAACAAAAGCAUGAGAUGGACAAUGAGGAGCGCAAGUUGACGACAGAGGAGAGAAAGCAGAAGGAGUACGAACAAAUGGUGUCGCGUGAGCGUAGAGGAAUCUAUGCGGCCGCGUUCAAAAUUAAAUACCUCACGAACGGUCGACACAAGUUUAAAGUGCGAGAGACGGCCAAGAAGGAUCUCUUGUCGGGUGUCUGUAUUUUUCACCCUUCCUUUGCCCUUGUUCUCGUGGAAGGUACAGAUAAAGGGAUCAAGCACUACCGUCAAUUGAUGGAGAACCGAAUUGAUUGGACAGAGGAAGCUCGACCAAUGCCAGAGGAAGAUGACGAUGAAGAGGGCGAAGGUGAAAAGACGGCGCCAUCGACAUCUGCUCCGACUACCCAGCCGAAUCCUGAGAGUCUAGAGGACAAUAAAUGCGAAUUGAUCUGGAGUGGGGAAGUGCCAGAGAGAGCAUUCAGAUUGUUCCGGGCGAGACACGCUGAGACGGAUACGAGGGCGAAGGAAUGGCUCACUCCGCGGUACGAAGGGUACUGGGACCUUGCCAAGAGGCACGUUUGGUCUGGGGAUGAUUUCUGA